GGUGAUAGUGAGAAGCACCACCUUCCCUCUCCUCUGAGAAUACAUCAACACUCCCUCACCAACACCCACACAGCUGCCUCAAAGUCACAACAUCAAGAAGAGUUAAGACGUAACGCUACAUGCUUAGUGUUGACUGUCAUGCAGUGCUCAAUCUGUCUUCAAACAAGCUCUUCCUUAAGUGUCAGUUGAAGUGUUGUAUUUUUCCUCUGAGUAGAAACAAAGUUACAUCACCUGUGGAAUAUUCAUUACCAGUGCAUGGUGGUCAGGUUUUGGUGUCAUGAUGACAGUGUUCCUUCAGUAGUGCCACCCUCCAGUUUAACAUAUUGUUGUGACGACCUCGGUGACGUGUUGUUAUGUUAGACUGGAACACAUGACGUCUCAAUGUGACGUUCACACAGUGACUAUCACGGUAAUUUUGAGAGUCAAAUUUUAACACUUAAAGAAGAGAGAUCAACCUAUUCCUUGUGUUUAUCUUAAGAGAAAAGUAGACCAAAGUCUGGUGCAGUUGACUAUUGGCAAAACAAAAGUUUUUAUUUUGAGACGAGUGGCAGAGGGAAAGCUAACUUUGAGACGUGUGAAGGAGAAAAGAGUUUUCGUUAAGACGUGUAGUGAAGGGCAGGAGGAGGAUUAAGAGUGGAGGUGCCGGAGGAGGUGGUGGUGGUGGAGAAGGAGGAGGAGGAGGUAAAGAGGGAGAGGAAGAGUAGCAGGAUGAUGAACGCUGGUGUGACUGGUGGAGGUGGCCUGCGAGGGGACCCUUCCAUCAACAGGCCCAAGAACAGCAUCUUCAGGAGAGUGCUCACCACCGUCGGUAUUGUCUCCAAGGAGGAGCAGCUGGUGGCAGCGGCAGACGUCGGUGACGUCCCUGGGGUGACGUCUCUUCUCAACGCUGGUGCUGACGUCAACUGGCAGAACAAUCAUGGGGAGAGUGCCCUCAUGUACGCUGCUUGGCGGGGCCACGAGGCUGUUGUUGCUUGCUUACUGCAGCACCCGGCUACCCACGUCAACCUCCAGGAUAACGACGGCUGGUCAGCACUGGUGUGGGCGUCACACGGAGGUCACACGGGCGUGGUGCGGCUCUUCAUGGUUCACCCAGACACUGAACCAGACCUGGCUAACAAUGCUGGCGAGACUGCUCUCAUGAAGGCCUCAGUCUUCGGUCAUGAGGGCGUCGUGAGGCAGCUGAUCUUCUCCUACCGCACCACACUGGACAAGCAUCAUCCUGACGGCUCCACAGCCCUGCUGUGGGCGGCAGCAGGCGGCAGCGUCGCCUGUGUUACGGUUCUACUGGAUGAAAAUGCUAGUUUAGACACGGUAGACAAAGAUGGUAUGGAUGCACUCAUGUGGGCCGUGUCCGUCGGGCAAGUAGAGACGACAGAGCUGCUGGUGAAAGGAGGAGCAAACCUCUCCAGGAAGGAUAAAAUUGGUCGUUCUCCACUACUGAUGGCGGCGGAGACUGGCCACGUCGAGGUAGCCAACAUCUUACUCCACGAAGACGCUACCGACGUCAACGUUAGUACGAAAGAUAAGGUGACGCCUCUGAUGCGCGCGGCUGAACACGGUCAUUCGCCAAUCGUCAAUAUGUUAUGUAAGUGCCAUGACACCGACGUCAACAUGCAAGACGGUCAGGGACGGACAGCGCUCAUAUUUGCGUCGCGCUCCGGUCAUGCAGACUGCGCCUACAUCCUCUUAAACCAUCCAAGUAUUGACCCCAAUCUCUGUGACUUGGAAGGAUAUACUCCGGCAAUGAUGGCAGCAAGUGGAGGACAUGAAGAAGUUAUGGCUGCGCUCUUGUCCCACCGCAAGAUCAACAUUUCUACUAAGUCCAAAAAUGGCUUCACAGCUUUCCUCUUAGCCGCUCGUAGUGGCCAGCGAACGAUCGUUCAGAGGUUGUUAGCUCAUCCUGAAGUGGAUAUCAAUGAGACAGACGAUAAAGGCAUGACCGCCCUGGCAUGGUCGGCCAAAAAUGGAUCCGUGCACGUUAUGGAACUGCUGCAACAAUACCAGACACUGCAGCCCAACAUUCCAGAUGAUGAUGGACUGACACCCAUGAUGUGGGCAGCCCGCUGUAAUCAGCUACUCUCAGUGAAGACCUUACUGAGGGAUACUCGCAACAACAUAGAAGAUCAGGAUAAAAAGGGGCGCACUGCUCUCAUUUGGGCGAAACAGGAAUACAAUAAAGAGAUAGAACAGUUGUUGACGAGGUAUGGACAACUGUCGUCAGCAGCAUCUGUUGACAGUGCAGAUGACUCAGAUGCCUCGUUCCACACUCCUUCCAGAAUGAACAGGCGUUACAAUGAUCCCGUCAGUGAUAUACAGGUCGAUAACAUCGGGGACGUUGUUAAGUUGCUGGAGAACGGGCCAUACAUCAGCUGGCGGCAAAAGACCGGCAAAACAUCAUUUGCUUGGUCGGUGGCCAGUGGGCAGACUGAAGUUGUGAAGGUAUUUUUGCUGGUGCCCGGACUGGAUGUCAACGAAAGGGACGAGCACGGCCAUACACCUCUGAUGGCAGCAGCCAGGAAUGGUCAUGCAGAUAUUAUUCAACUGUUACUAAUGCACGAGAACGUCAAGAUCAAUUGCGUCGACUGGCGGGGCCGCACGGCUCUCAUGAUUGCCGCAGAAUACGGUCAGGUUCGUGCUCUGAUCACUCUUUUAAAAUGUCCAGAAGUGAGCGUAAACCAGAGAGAUGAUGAUGAUCACACUGCGCUUACUAUCGCCGCAAUCGCUGGUAUGUUUGAGAUCACUAACGCUCUCUUACGACAUCAGUCCAUCGAUGUCAACCUCACUGCUACUGAUAAAUGCAGUGCCUUGUUAUUUGCCGUCCGUGCAGGACAUAAUGAAGUAGCUGAGCUUUUGAUUGGAUACAAAAACACAAAUAUUAACCUUGAAGACGACUGUGGAGAAACAGCACUUCACGUGGCUGCUGGUCAUCAGGGCAACAGUGUGGUGACACUCAAGCUUCUUCAACACCCCAUGAUUGGUGUCAACCGUCGCAAUGUACAGGGCUGCACUCCUCUCAUACUAGCAGCAAAGAAUGGUCACCUUGACUGUGUUAAACUCUUGAUGGAACAUUCCAUCACUGACGUGAAUCAACGAGACAACGAAGGGAUGACAGCUCUCAUAUACGCUUGCAUGAUGGGUCGAGAGGACAUUGUUUGUCUUUUGUUUUCCCACCCAGAUGUUGAUCCUAAUAUCAAAUCCAAUGAGAAAGGCAUGUCUGCCCUGCUGUUGGCCGCGCGUCAUAACCAUGGAGGAGUUGUGGGGCUCUUGUGUACCCGCAAGAACAUUUAUGUUAAUCUAACAGAUGAAUUUAGGGCUUCUGCUCUGAUGCACGCAGUACGACGAGGCUCCAGACCCGCUGUUGAAGCACUCCUCGACCGCAAAGACAUCGAUAUCAACAUCCCUGACGCCGAGGGCAAGACGCCUCUCAUCCGAGCGCUGGCAGACGGUGAUUACGAUCUGGCGAUGUUGUUACUGGCGCGCCCUGAUAUCGAUGUGAACGCCAGGACAUUGGAAUCUAAAUCAGCUCUUAUGUAUGCUGUCAUGUACCCAGAAGGCCUUCCAGCUCUCAAGCUGAUGCUGGCCAACAAGAGCACCGAGGUAUGUCUGACAUCACCAUCCUUGAAAAAUGGUGAUACCAAGAUGUGGAUAAAGUCACUUAUAUACGGUUCAGGACGUUUAUUAGAAGAAAAGUUUCGCCCCGAGUGGCUUCUUCAGUCCUCGUGCGUACGUCAUGCACUAGUGUUGAGUGCACCACCACCAUCACUAGUCCUGGACGGUGUUGGUCGUGCUGGUGACUCUUGUGUGGCAGGGGGCGGUGAACUCGCCUCAGUACUCCUCUCCUUGCCUCGACCCUUCCAGGUGGUGCAGCAUGCGUUAAGACGCACCACCACUGAGUCACUGACAGAACAUGUGAGGAACUUCGCAGCCAAACUUAACCAACAAGAGGAAGGCGCCGUGGUUCUAUAUGUUAGUGGUGAGGUGCUGGUGACUCCUGAAGGACCUGCCCUGAGCCUACCCUCUGCCCACGCAGCGCCCACAAACGUCCUCCUUGAUUCCUUGGUGCGUGCCCUCGCCUCCACACCUACACUCAUACUUAUUCUGGAUGCUGUGAGCGUGAAAACUGAUGAAGCAGCAUCCCAGUCUGCUCUCACUAACCCCUACAUCUACAUUCUUCCUCCCCUCGCACACCCCAACAUGGCUAUGCUGGGAGGAGUCUCCUUGGAGCGCCUGCAGGUCAGUGUGGAGUACACUAAGGUCAGUGUGGAGUACACUAAGGUCAGUGUGGAGUACACUAAGGUCAGUGUGGAGUACACUAAGGUCAGUGUGGAGUACACUAAGGUCAGUGUGGAGUACACUAAGGUCAGUGUGGAGUACACUAAGGUCAGUGUGGAGUAUACUAAGGUCAGUGUGGAGUACACUAAGGUCAGUGUGGAGUACACUAAGGUCAGUGUGGAGUACACUAAGGUCAGUGUGGAGUAUACUAAGGUCAGUGUAGAGUACACUAAGGUCAGAGUGGAGUACACUAAGGCCAGUGUAGAGUACACUAAGGUCAGUGUGGAGUACACUAAGGUCAGUGUGGAGUACACUAAGGUCAGUGUAGAGUACACUAAGGUCAGUGUGGAGUAUACUAAGGUCAGUGUAGAGUACACUAAGGUCAGAGUGGAGUACACUAAGGUCAGUGUGGAGUACACUAAGGUCUGUGUAGAGUACACUAAGGUCAGUAUGCAGUACACUAAGGUCAGUGUAGAGUACACUAAGGUCAGUGUGGAGUACACUAAGGUCAGUGUGGAGUACACUAAGGUCAGUGUAGAGUACACUAAGGUCAGAGUGGAGUACACUAAGGUCAGUGUGGAGUACACUAAGGUCAGUGUGGAGUACACUAAGGUCAGUGUGGAGUAUACUAAGGUCAGUGUGGAGUACACUAAGGUCAGUGUGGAGUACACUAAGGUCAGUGUGGAGUACACUAAGGUCAGUGUGGAGUAUACUAAGGUCAGUGUAGAGUACACUAAGGUCAGAGUGGAGUACACUAAGGUCAGUGUAGAGUACACUAAGGUCAGUGUGGAGUACACUAAGGUCAGUGUAGAGUACACUAAGGUCAGUGUGGAAUACACUAAGGUCAGUGUAGAGUACACUAAGGUCAGUGUGGAGUACACUAAGGUCAGUGUGGAGUACACUAAGGUCAGUGUGGAGUACACUAAGGUCAGUGUGGAGUACACUAAGGUCAGAGUGGAGUACACUAAGGUCAGUGUAGAGUACACUAAGGUCAGUGUAGAGUACACUAAAGUCAGAGUGGAGUACACUAAGGUCAGUGUGGAGUACACUAAGGUCAGUGUGGAGUAUACUAAGGUCAGUGUGGAGUACACUAAGGUCAGAGUGGAGUACACUAAGGUCAGUGUGGAGUACACUAAGGUCAGAGUGGAGUACACUAAGGACAGUGUGGAGUACACUAAGGUCAGAGUGGAGUACACUAAGGUCAGUGUGGAGUACACUAAGGAUAGUGUGGAGUACACUAAGGUCAGGCUGGAAUACACUAAGAGUUCAAUCCCACCGAGAGUGGAGUACACUAAGGUCAGUGUGGAGUACACUAAGGUCAGUGUGGAGUACACUAAGGUCAGAGUGGAGUACACUAAGGUCAGUGUGGAGUACACUAAGAUCAGUGUGGAGUACACUAAGGUCAGUGUGGAGUACACUAAGGUCAGUGUGGAGUACACUAAGUUCGGUGUAGAGUACACUAAGGUCAGUGUAGAGUACACUAAGAUCAGUAUGGAGUACACUAAGGUCAGUGUAGAGUACACUAAGGUCAGUGUGGAGUCCACUAAGGUCAGAGCAGAGUACAGUAAGGUCAGUGUGGAGUACACAAAACUCAGUGUGGAGUACACUACGGUCAGUGUAGAGUACACUAAGGUCAGUGUGGAGUACACUAAGGUCAGUGUGGAGUACACUAAGGUCAGUGUGGAGUACACUAAGGUCAGUGUGGGGUACACUAAGGUUAGAGUGGAGUACACUAAGGUCAGUGUAGAGUGCACUAAGUUCAGUGUGGAGUACACUAAGGUCAGUGUGGAGUAG